GUGUGUGUGUGAGCAUCAUUGCAACGGUCCACGUUUCCAAGAAGCUGCCAGCGACUUGCUCCAUCCUGGUCUCUGUGCUCAUUGGUGGCAUGGGACGCCCAUCACUAGGAGACGGCUGCGGGGCUUUCCCUAUCCGCGUCCCCAGUCGGAAGUGGAGUUGCCUCCCCUGUUCUCCAUUGGACCACCACGCCGCCAGUCGUGCAGCUGAAGCGAACGAGCGCUCCCCGGCUCUCGGGGCUCCGAGAACGCCGUCAUAUUGGCUGCUGGAGGCUGCAGCUACUAGCUCGUUGGCGUAGAAGGCUCCCUACUCCUAUGUAGAACAGGAGUCGGUGGCUGUAAUUUGAUUACGCCUUUCAAAUGAUUUGAACAGUAGCUGCCAAAUGUUUUGAGAUCUAGGGAUGACACCAUGAAGGAUCGUCGGACCUUAUGCGCCUUUGUCCGACGCUGUGGUGAGCCAAAAGGAUAUAUGCCUGCUCUCGUUCAAUAGCCAUUUUUUUGCAGACAAAGAAGGCUGUUGAAUAGGGCUCUCCAAAAAGGCACAAGGGUCCCUGGGGCUCUUUUUGCAAACAAAUUCAGCAAUAUGUGGAGUAACUUGAAAAGCAAAUGCCAAACUCUCUUUCACAACAACAGUUCAGGGCCCAAUGAUGGGAGGAAUGAGGCAGAUGCCGUCCACUGUGUGGUGGAUCUCAGCCAGGGAGGAGGCUCAUGUGCGGCUAGGGCAUCAGAAGUCUCUACUUCAUCAAGUACCCUCCUUCCAACGCCAAUGGUAACCGUAGGGCGUCGUCAUCACAAUUGUGUCUCAACCACCCCUCAGAUAGUAGAGAUCACUAUUGACAAGGACACAGAGGAUGUAGGUGGCGGAUCAGGGGGAGCGCCCUUGGCUCGCAGAGACUCUUAUUCCCGUCAUGCUCCAUGGGGGGGCAAGAAAAAACACUCGUGUUCCACAAAAACUCAAAGUUCUUUAGAGGUAGAUAGGCGUUCUGGACGCCUACGAGGAAGUGGAAACCGUAGAGAUCGACGCUACGGAGUCUGCUCCAUCCAGGAGAUGAGCGACUCGUUGUCUGGAGGACGCAGUUUGAAUGGUCGGUCGUUACGUCAGCGACUAAGCGAUACUGUGGGCCUUUGCUUACCACUACCUGCUAACAGACGGUCUUCGAAGAACCCUGUUAUUUCCAAACGAAAGAUUCACCUGACAGAGCUCAUGCUGGAGACCUGCCCCUUUCCACCAGGCUCAGACCUUGCCCACAAGUGGCAUUUGAUCAAGCAGCACACAGCGCCAGUCAGCCCACAUUCCUCCACUGCCCUGUUGGAUGCCUUUGACCCAGCACACCCGGCUCCUGAGGAUGAGGAGGAACGUCUGCGCGAACGCCGCAGACUUAGCAUCGAGGAAGGUGUGGACCCACCGCCUAAUGCACAGAUUCACACCCUUGAGGCUGCCGUGCCAGGCUCUUCUGUCUACAAACUGGGACCAAAGAUGGCUCCUGGCAUGGGGGAUGCCCCUGGUGAAGGCCGAGCCUCAGGAUCAGGAGCAGGUAGUUCUUUGGGAGCUUCAACAUCGGGGGCCUGUGGACAGGUGUUGGGGGCUGCCGCUUCAGCCCUGGACACUGAUUCCGAGGAGGACUCGACAACGCUCUGUCUGCAGGCCAGGAGACCGAAACAAAGGCACGCCUCUGGGGAAGGUCACCUGAGCAGACAGCAACCUGGGCCCUGGAAGGUUCACACCCAAAUAGACUACAUCCAUUGCCUUGUGCCAGAUUUAUUGCAGAUCACAUCCAUGCCGUGCUACUGGGGUGUAAUGGACCGCUACGAGGCUGAGUCACUGCUGGAUGGACGUCCGGAGGGCACCUUCCUGCUGCGUGAUUCGGCCCAAGAGGACUACCUAUUCUCUGUCAGCUUCCGCCGUUAUAACCGCUCACUGCACGCCCGCAUCGAACAGUGGAACCAUAAUUUCAGUUUUGAUGCGCACGAUCCUUGUGUUUUCCACUCUUCCACGGUCACAGGACUGCUGGAGCACUACAAGGACCCGAGCGCUUGUAUGUUUUUUGAACCUCUGCUCACAGCGCCUCUGCAUCGGACAUUUCCCUUCAGCCUGCAGCACCUUGCACGGGCAGCCAUCUGCCGCUGGACCACUUAUGAUGGGAUAGGCUCUCUGCCGCUGCCCCCUGCCUUGCAGGACUUCCUCAAGGAGUAUCACUAUAAACAGAAAGUUCGAGUUCGCUGGCUGGAAAGGGAGCCGCCGCUAAAAGUCAAAUAGUGGUCUUUGUCUGUUGCCUGUACAACCAUGGAGGAAGAUUACAGAACUUGAGAAAUGCCUCAUCAGAGGCUACACUGACUGACUAAUUAACCUCUUUCCAGUGCAGGUUUGAGUUCAAAUGUAAACACCUAUACAAGAUUCAUUCUAAUCUCUAUUUUACUUAUUACUUACUGAAAAGCAUAUGAUUAUAUUCUGUGUAGUGCUGCCUGGCUAGCACAAAUGAUUGAGUUCAAUGAUAUAUAUAAGUACAGUAUAAACAGUAUAUAUUUUGGAUGAGUGAGGGCAGGGAGGAGUAGCACAAAUAGUGCAAAAACAUCGUUGACUUCCUGCUUUGCCCUUUACGUCUGCCUGAUCCCAAAACAUCACCCUCCCUGUAAACCUGCAUGCAUGCCUCCCUGUCUAUCCCCAAAAAGUUCAAAUAGCUAUAAAGCCACAUUCUGUAGCUACAUUGUACAGGUCACUUUUUUGCACUCAGUUGUUUUUCUUGUCCAAACACACAGAGAAACACCUUUCCAAGAGGUUUUUAAGGUGUGUGGUUGUGAAGGCAUCUGGAAGUGCUGUUGGUAUGUUGCAUUCUGGCCUUGUCUCAUGGAUAAAGCUACAUAAGCCACAUUAUUUGCCAUCUCUUUGCACGAGCAUUAGCUAAACGAGACGGCUGGAUUCUGAGAGGGCCCAUGGAGUUCAGGAAAGUAGAUCAGGGAAAUUAAGUGCUUUUUAAAGGAUUAUACGUUAUUAACGACACGUGUUUCUCAACAGUGAUGGUGAAUGAUAAAUAAUAAACCAGCCUAUUGUUUCCUACUUUAUACGAUAAAACUUGUCAACUUUAUUCUCGCUGUAAGGAUUGGCUCUGUACUCAUGCUACUACUGAAACAGACAGUACAUUUCUUCCUGGAUGACAUUUAAUCAAAACUUAGCGUUUUUCUUGGUUCAGUUCAAUCGUGCUGCUGUUUAACAAAUUCAUCAACUUCCUAAAAACUUCUCUUAUAAUAAUCUUGAUUUAGUGACUGAGUGAGUUUAAAUUGUCUUUACCGGCCACUUGGACUGUGUUCAUCACUUCUUUUUUGAUAAAUGGGAAGGGGGGUACAUUUUACAAUGGGUAUGAGACGACAAUAAAUCUAAAAUUCGGGCUGUAGUUUCUCGUGGCUGAGUGGGUCACUUACGAUUCUGAGGAUUGGAUAGGAAAUGGGGCGUCAGUUAUCAAAAAGAAUAGUUGCAAAACAUUAAAAAUAUUUGGGGGAAAACAUGGAGUACAAUUUUUAUUUUUUUAAGUAAUUUCAAAAGAUCAUUAUAAAUUACUGCAUCCUGGUUCUAUGUCACCCAUUUAACAAUCUAUCGUGUGGCAUUGAGGCUUUACGAAACCACGUGGUUUGUGCCAUAGUAUUCUGUGCAGUAUGCAUCAUGCUGUGGUCAAAGUUCAAUUUUGUUGCAAAUCAUCCUGUACGCCACAGAGCCAGCCAUGAGACGUAAUGGCUUUUGAAUCUGAAGGCCCCAAUACUUCCACAACUUUAGUGUAACCUAUGUGCCUUUUGUAUUAAAUUAUUUCUUUUAUUUAAAUUCGGAGCAUUAUUGUGCUUCAUCACGGUCCACUGAUCCCAUCAAAUCACAAUGAAACAAAAUGUCAUAAGUAGGUACGUAAGCUCUAAACUCUUUUUCUCGCAGUACACAUGAGAUCUUUGUAAAGGCUACAAGUUUACUGGUGCUAAAUUGGAUAAGCUACAGCAAAUUCAUUAGAUAAUUGAAGGGUCCCGAGGUUAUGAUUUCAUCUGCUUGCGAUUGUCGGCAAAAGGAUGCCUUAAACGACUUGGGCAUUUCUUGCUGAACUUUUAAAAGGAGGGUAGUAAAAAAAGAAAAGAGAGGGAGAAAAAAAGGUUCUUUCAUGUAUUGCUCUCUCCAUGUACAUUUUUCGGGUAGUUUAAUAAUUCAAAACAAUAUGGGUCCAAUGCCAUCGCUUCUGUUUCAUAUAACAUUGAUUGUCAAGCACAAUACUUUUUGUCUUGCAAAUUCACAAAAUCUACCCUAAUGAGAGGAAACAAUUUAAAUUAAAAAAAAAAAAAGUUUUAAUUCAUUAUCAGAUUAAAACUGUAUGUCCUACAUAGCCUUUUGAAAGUUCUACCCAAUAAUCAGCUGUAUUAAUGUGCUUUCUACCAUUAAACAAUGGCUCAGUCAUGUAAAUUGACACCCUCAUGGCAUUUCAAGUCUCAACACAUUACCUUUUGUUUGUCAUUAUCAUCGAUUUAGAGAUAUAACAACAAGCACGUUUUUUUAUUUUAUUUUACACUUGUAUUCCCAUUGAAGAAGUGUGACCAAUUGAGUUGACUAACCGGGUGGUCAUUGUUGCUGUGCUGUAAUAGUACUAUGUUGUGCUAAGUCAUAUUUGACGUUCUGUUAAACAGACACAAUUUGACAUAAUUUUCUUGGUUAAUGGGAAAAACCUGGACCCUUUCUGUUCAACCUUAAAUUCUAAAAUCUCAUACACUUAUCUAUACCCUUCACACAUUUAUUUUGGACUUCUAUAGAUGUAAUAUCAAUAUGCCUCAUGGCUCACUAACCAAUAUUUUGUCUCCACACUGUGAAUUGGUCAAAAUAUAUAAAAGAAAAAUAUACAAUAAUAAAGAGAAAAUAACAAAAAAUAUAAAUCUUUGAAAGAGAGGAUUUUCUUUGCUUUAAAAAAAGGGGGGGGUAAGGAAUAUUGUGUCAGAAAUUAAGUGAUAUGCACUACCCUUUAUACUAUUGCUAUCUUAGCAUAACUCCUUAAAUUGUCCUUUUCACUGAGCCACUGCAUUUGAAUUUGCCUGUAAUUAGUCACUCUCCAUCUUGCCACAGCCCUCCUCAUGACUUGUACAAGUCUCUCAGGGUAAGAAAAAGGCUCAAGUCCCUGAGCUAGUAAAAGAUGGCUACUGUCCCCUGAAUACUCUUGCCCGCUAAGACUACAAGAUCUUUUUUUUCUCUCUUAAAUUAACAGCACUUUGUGUAUUUGUGUUAUACAGUGCAAGUGGUGAGUAUUAGAACAGUGAUGCUUUUUUUUUUAAUUUUAUUUUUUUAUAAUUCUGUCAAAAGCCACAGAUGAAUCCACAUUUGUUUUUGGAUUCAAACCUUACUUGUAUUCCAUUACAGAAUAGGGCAAGUAACUAAGAAUGGGCAUUCAAAAAAGACAAAAGGCCCCACAAUUAAGCAUAGGUAAAAUUAAUGAUUUUUAUUUUUUUUAUAAAGGCUGUUAAUGCGGUAGGAAAGGAUGUUCAGAACUCUCGUUUCCAUGCAAGUGUUGUAUUCAACUUUCCAUAGCUGUCAUGUUUUAUGCAUGGCAAACUAGUUGUGACUGAAUCAACACCGCCCCUGCUGGUUGCAGCUAAGUCGUGCACUGCAUGUUGCUUCACAGGAUGAACAAUGAAUUCUGCACAAUCAACUGAAUUAUUAACGAUCAAAUCAAUUUAUAUGUCCAUCCAUAUACUGGAAAAUACCAUUCGGCAAUAAAAGUUGCUGAACAUAAAACUAAUACUGUUAAAGAAAAUUUUAUUAUGUUGAUAUUAUUAGAAAUCUAAUUGGGUAAAAAGGUAUAAUGUUACUGCUUAAGUUGGUGCCGAUGGAUAAUUCCAGAUCUGGGUUGAAGUUGGCAAAUUACAAAUGAUUAUUUUUAUGAUCAGGUAUAGCAUUUUUUAAUUAGAAAUUUAGAAAGGUUUCCCGCUGAUUUCAAGCCUUCAACCAUCUUCAAAGCCAAUGGCAGGUUUUUAACCAGUCUCCUGAACAAAGCUAAAUGGAAAGAUGGGUGUCGUCAUAAUACCCACCGACUGCACUCUACUAAUGUGUGUGUUCAUAUAAAGCGACGCCUGAAAGUCCUUAACUCAUUCAUUUAGCUUCAGGCAACAAAAGCAUAUGUGAUAGGAGUUCCAGCAUGCUGCUGUGAGUGUUGAGUGGGGAAUCCCCGUGGAAAGUAUGCAGAGAUGACUGUGAGGGGCAUUAACUCCUGUGAACAACGCCUCUGUUCAUAUUCCACUCCCUUAAAAUUCAAGCCAGUCCAUUUCAAGGAUGCUCCCAGGACUCUCUGAACCCAAUCUUUUCCCCAUGGGAAGUUUUUGAUAUUAAUGCUAGAAUAUUAAUGUAUAACUGAAUUGACAAGAUUAUGAGAAAUAAACCAUUGUUAAUAUGUCUGUAGUGAAGUGACGAAGCCUGAUGAAGAUUUUUUGUUGUAAGUUGAUGCAUGGACACAGACACACGUCCAUGCAAAACGUGGACCACAUUUAGCCAGCACCAUGUUUGUGUGAUUUAUAAAAAAAAAAAAAAAAAAAAAAAAAGCAUGAGAGCCAAGAUAGGCAUCUACAUUUAUAUUAUUUACAAAAGGAAAAUGUUUGCUUUUAAGAUGCACUAUGAGUAGCCUUGUUUGUGGCAAGACACCACCAGGUCUAGAUGAGUCAGGCAGAUUGGUUUAAGAAAAGAAUAUUUAAAAAGAAAAUCCCCAAAUUUAUAUUUUUUGAACAGAUGGUUUAAAUGCUGCAUGCAAACAGAAAUAUAUGAAAGAAUGAGUUGAAUUUUUCAUUUUUACAUCUCCCCAUUAUGCAACAGAGUCAAAUGUAACAAUGGUUGCAGUCCUGUCACUUUAAUGCUGUAUGUGCACAAAUUAAUUUCUUUGUGGGUGCUGGGGCAACAGGAUUUAACAAUGAUGCCAACUAAUGAUUUUCACUGCAGUACAGCCAUGCAUUCCCCCAGACUGCCUUUUUCAUUCUGACCAAUCCCAAUCUCAAUCCCUUUAAAUGUGGGACUGCAGCCACUGCCCGGGCUGGCCAAUCUGACGUUAGACAAAUAUCUCUGUUUCAUUUACCUCAAUCCCACAGCUCCACCUGUUUUCUUUUUCAGUAACAUAGCAUUCGGUGUGUGUAAAUGGCAUAAUCAUGUUCAUGUUUCACUGUUUGUUCUGUAUGUUUGCCUGCAAAUCAAAGAGAGCGUGGGGGGGUGAAGUGUUCCAGUGCAACCUGUUCAUUUAGAAGAGUCAUGAUGCUAUACAUGUAGCUGUCACUCUUGGUGCUUGGCUUCUGCUUCAUUGUCUUAAUAUUCCAAUAAAAAAACUAAGUGUAAACCACACUGUACAGUAAUGCAAUAAAUAAUUUUGUUUUUAUA